AUGUCUCCGCGGACUCGUCAAGAGACUGGCCCAUCUUCCUCUCCCCAGCCUUCUUCCUUAUUGACAGAAGAGAUCAAAUAUCCAAUGAUUCUUCACCAGCUGGUCUCAUCUUCAAACGAGCCAGACUCGCUCUCAAGGCAUAUCCCUCGUGCGUUGUUGCAAACCGAGCUUGCAGGUCCAACCACUCUGUCGCCUGCGCUGCGGCAGUAUAGUGCAGACACUUCAUCUCAGCCGUCAGGAGAGACCUCUAUCUCGACAUCGACAAUCUGGAGAUCUCGUUUACGACAACGAAACCAAUUUGUCUCCACAGCAUCGACUCCAUCGACUCCAUCGAGGCCCGCUCCUUGUGACGUUAGAACUUCUUACUAUGUGGAUGGGCCAGAGGCAGUCAAAAUCAUCUCCGAAUACACACUAGAAACAAACCUUAACGAAUCAGAACAUGGAGAGACGAAUGAAGGUGAUGGCUUAGGGUAUGAUGAGAGGGAUGAGCCGUGUUUCUCACUCGGUGAUUACGUUCGCAUUAAGCGUCUCCCUGCUGACCAUCACGCUCUGGAGUCCGGAUACGCCAGAGAUUCAGCAACCUCGAUCAAUGCCACGGAACAGUCAUUGGCAACUCAAGCCGAUCGUUAUCUAAAUCCAAGUGUUGAGCAGAAGGACGAUAUCGCCAGUGACACUGACAUUGACGUUGAUAUGACGAAACUCUCUCCUCUGGCAUAUCGUAUUAUCCGCAUCUAUCGUGCAGAGGAAGUGUUUGCGUCGUAUAGAGCCAAGAUUGAGGACGAAAUGCUUGAAGCAGCACUGAUGGAAGACACUGAUGUUUCUGAUGAUGGUGGUGAUGAUACAAGCAGCGAUAACAUGGACAAAGCCAGUCUGGUAGAACAAUUUGCAUAUCAAGGAUGGGUGUAUCAACUGGAUAGGCAUACCUCUCGUUACGUGGCCGAUUUUGAAUGGUUCCGCGAGGAUAUGCUGGUAUUUGACCCUGUGGCCACACAAGAAGGCACAGGAGAUGUGUCUGACGAGGACGAGGACGAGGAUGAAGAAACAGCAGAAGAAAUAUACCGCUCUUCUGUGUCUUCAUCAGACGAAAUGAGCGUCAGCGACGAGAGUUACAACCAGAGUCAAGACAACGACGACAGCGAUGACGAUGGCGACGAAAUGGACCUCGAUAGCCAGAGUGCCCGACAAAGAGACUCGAAAAAUUCACCACCGCCGCCACAGUCACAAGUAACACCAGCAGUAUCAAGAACAUUCUCAUCCGUCAUGCCCCUUCAUCGUCUUCGUACGGUGUCACUCUCCGACAUGAAGAAUAUAUGGAAGGAUCUGUGGUGA